AUGUCGUCUGAUCCCAUCUAUACUCCCUUCUUUGGAAUUAUGGGCGCCACAGCCUCAAUGGUGUUUUGCGCUUUCGGUGCGGCCUAUGGCACUGCAAAAUCCGGUGCUGGUAUCUGCUCUAUGGGUGUGAUGCGCCCAGAACUCAUCAUGAAAUCUAUCAUCCCAGUUGUUAUGGCUGGUAUCGUUGCAAUAUAUGGUCUCGUUGUCUCCGUUGUUAUUUCCAGUCGAAGUGCUGAUUCAAAAAUAAUGGAAUCGUCCCUCAAGCAGCUCGGUGCCGGCCUCAGCGUGGGUCUUUGUGGGCUCGCGGCGGGGUUUGCCAUUGGAAUUGUCGGCGACGCUGGCGUUCGGGGCACAGCCCAGCAACCUCGCCUCUUUGUAGGCAUGGUUCUCAUUUUGAUCUUCGCGGAAGUUCUUGGAUUGUACGGACUCAUCGUCGCACUUAUUCUUUGUAGUAAAUAG